UUAGAGUGUCCUGACCUGCACUUCAGCUUGGUGCGUUUGUGCUGGUACUUUUUGUCGUAGUUAGUUGAAAUCAAACAAUUAUAUCUUUGCAGUCGAUAUUAGCGAGUUCGAGAAGUGCAUUGACGCCUGCGUAGGAGCCGCUGACCGACUGCCGAGUUCACCAACUGAAGCCGACGACGACCGUGGAAAAGUUAUUGUUGGGCACCCCGCGGGGGUUUAAAGUUCAGCUAACAGUAGCGUCACUGGCUACUAGCAGGUAGUUAGCUCACUAUCUUCACCGAUUAGUUUGGUCGCAAUGGCAGCUGUGUGCCAGUCACGACGUGCCUUGGUGGAAAUACCUGCUCCACAGCCCAAAAUUGCAGCUCGAAUGAGGAGGUCCUACCUGGAAAUACUCAGUGCUCGUUUGGCUCCAUCUCCACUUCCGAGGGUUAGAAGCUCAACUCCAAACACAAGGCGCGUGCAGUCAUUGGAGUUGUCCAUUGGUGGGGUGUGGAGUCGCAGCAUAGAGGAGCAGUGUGACAAGAUGGAUGAGCACCAUACCCCACUCUCCAAACAGCAGCUUGUACAGCUAAUCAGAUCCCUCAUCCUCGUUGAACAGAGCCAAGAGCCCAGGAUCCUGGCAUCAGACCUGAAGUAUCUCCAGGAGGACCUGCAUCUGAAGAAGGCAAAUGUUUACAGGUCCAUACCAUACUCUCGGUUUGGCUCCAACAGGGAUGCUCACUGUUACAGAAAGGCAUAUCCUCACCUGGUGGCAUUUAAAGUGUCGUGUCAGGAAUGGGGCCAGGUUCUUCUGAGGAACAAAGAGUGGGAUGCAGUGUUGGAACACACUCUGAUGGCGUGGCGCUACACCAGCGAGUUGCCGCAGUGGGAUACAACAAACCACAACGCUCUCCGAGAACAGUGUUACAGCAUCUUGGCAGCUCACACCCUCACUGCUCUUCAGCACCACCACCCCGAACCCAACAGAGGACGCGAGUUGCUCAGAAGGUUGAAGAUGGCUCAGUUGCACAGCCAGUCAGUUGCGCCCUGUAUUGAGGAGUUGCAGAGGAUUAUGGCAUGUGCUGAUGUCUCUUCCAUGGACACUAAUUGAAAUGGCCCUUGACUGGAAGAAGGUUCCCUACCCCGGUUGUAAAGUGGUUGUAAAUGCAAUCAAACCCUUAUUUAAUCACAUCGCGUUUUUACAUCAAGUGGAAAGUAUUAUGAGGAGUGCAACAUUUCUCGCAUUGGUACGCCUCGUCAUAUAUUCAUCGUUGGUCAAUGUCAUGAUGCAUUCAUAUGUUACCAAACAGCUGUUUUCUUUGUAGAGCAACGUUCACAUUCUGAAUAGUGUGACGGUGAUACAGUGUAUAUUUUUAGACCUUUGGAUAGAAUAACUUUUGCAUUGACCAUUGAAAUGUUCAGUUUUGAAAUGGCCUUUCUUGUUUGUUUGUGUAUGUCUUUGUUUCUGUUCACAAUACUUGAAACUGUGGCAGUUUGCCAGUCUGACUGUAGCUACCAGGAUUUUUUAUGUGUAUGUCUAUUUGUAAAGAAUUGUUUUUGUUACUGAUUGCACUGUUUGUCCUGAAAACUUGAAGAUUUUUUGAUAAAAUAGACAACUAAUUUCAAUA